AUGGAAUCCGUCCCCCUGCCCCCAGCCCCCAAGAUCUCCGUUGUGACCCUCACCCUGGGUCCCUCUAGCCUCCUGGUCGACGUUCACGGCCUAGAGGAGCUCCCGGCCUCCACUGAAACCAUCUCUUGCCUUUGGCUGCACCACCCGCGUCUGCAAACUCGUGCUUACAUGGCGGACAUCGCGGCGCGGUGCAUUUCUGCGUGGAACGAGAGGCAGGAGGAGACGAAGAGCAAAAGGGGACUGAUUGCGCUUGCGUGGGACCAACCUAACCACGGCAGUAGGCUGACGGACCCCAAGAAGAACGAUUCAUGGAGGGAGGGGAAUGAGACGCAUGCCGAGGAUAUGUUUGCGUCAAUUGUGCAGAUGGUGAGGGAUCAGAAGGGGCUUUUGGACUCGAUCGAUGCGCUGCUGGCUGAAAAAGCUCCUGGCAAGAAGGCCGAUCAGCACCUUGCUCUAGGUGUCUCGCUCGGUGGACACAGCGUGUGGCAGACGAUGUUUGCCGAGCCCCGUGUGACGGCAGACCUCCUGACCGACCGAGCCCGCCUCACCAAGCUCUCCACCUACACCGUCGACAGCGGCGCCUCCUUCCUCGGCAGCCAACACUUCCCUACUUCGCUAGUGCAAUCUUGUCUGGAGAACGACCCAAAGGGUAUCUUCUUCGGCACUUCGCCCGUCCCUGACACCUCUGUGCCCGCGGACGCUAAGGCCCACAAGAUCCUCCACGACCGUCUGCGCGGCAAGAAGUUCCUGCUUUGCUCAGGAGGCGCCGACAAGUUGGUCCCCUACCGGUGUGCGGAACCGUUCUUGACCUGGUUCAAGCAGCUUACGGGCAACUGGUAUCCCGAAGAAGGUGUUCUGGUGGAUGAUAGGGUUUAUGAAGGCGUUGGGCACUCAUUCAGUGCAGACAUGGUGAGGGAUUCGGUGAGGUUUGUGCUGGAGGUGAUGUCUGAGGCUGAGAAAUCUGCUGCGAGGGGAGCAAGCCCGAGUAAGAUUUAG